AUGAUCCCCAGAGCUAUGCACAGGCUGAGCAGGCUCUCUGCUCUCCAGCAGUGCCGCCACAAGUCCAGUCCUCCAGGUCCUUCUCAUGACUUGGUGUACCUCAAUCCUCAUAAAUGGGAAGGUCUUCCAGCAGACCGUAUCUUUGAGUUGCACAGGCUUCGGAAGACGCAGCUUGGCGACAAGUAUGUGCCUAAUGAUAAGGAAAGACAGGCUGUGUUGCUGACGAUUUCCAAGUUGUCAGGGAAAAUAAGGCCUAAGUUGGAGUAUGUGUACGAGUUGGACAACUUCAAGGAGCAUGUGUUGAAUAACGUGGUGAAGCCUCCAGUGCCUAGGAUGGCCAACAUUGAAGUUCGUCCAAGCGGUGAAACGCCCCAUGUGGACCGUGCCCAUGAACAGCUUUACAGAAUCAGUGCCCAUGAGCUCCCGCUUUUGGCCAAGUACCGCCAGGAGUACCAGCCUCCAAAGGACUCUCCCAUCCAGUUGAAGUUUUUCACAGACUUGUCUGACGAUAUGCUGUCUGCUGAGAACAGAAAGGUGGCCAUAAACGUGGCUCUUGAAGAGUUGAACCUCAAUGAAAAGCAGGCUAACAAGUUUAAGCUUUUGGCCGGCAACAAGUUUAACCAUAAGAACGGUGUUUUCCACAUGAAGACAGCUCGUUUCAGCGUGGCUACCCAGAACGCCAGAUGGCUCGUGGAAACGUUCAACAAACUCUUGGCUGCAAGCAAGGACUUGUCUGACCUGUUUGAAGACGUUCCUGUCAACACUAGACACUCACGCCCUAGAAAGGCUGUGCCCGAGUUCCCUGAGGAGUGGAAGAGACCCCAGGACGCUCCAAUCAAGAAGUACCUGAUCCUGGAGAAGAUCGUCGACAUGGUGAUCGAGAAGAAGGACCAGGACUACAUCAAGCAAAUCACCCCAUAA